AUGCGGCGCGAUGUCGCGGAGUUUCUCGUGAAAGAGCGUUACUUUCUCGCAGCGCUAGAGCUGCUACACGAGCUGCAAGAGGACCAUGGCGGUCAGGACGGUCACGACGACCACGACGCGUCGGAAGUGGCUCGUUUUCUCGAGCGCGUUUUCGCGGACGAGCAGCGGUUUCCGCGCGACAAGAUCGCAGCUCUCGCAGCGGCUGCGAAACCACCAGCCAGUGCCGCAGCUCCCGCUGUAAAUGGCGGAACUGGGGGGAUUGCGGAAGCAGGGGUGGGCGGCGGAGGUGAGCAGGCGGCGGAGGACGACGGUGAGCCGUUGGAUGCGAUGAGCGAGGAGGAGAGGCGCGAUCUGAACUUCGCGGUGCGGGAAUAUCUGGUGCAGGCGCGCUACAAGCUCACCGCCAUGACCCUGCAGGACGAGGUGGGGGAUCAGGACUGGGACGACUGGGAGGACGGCCCCGCCAAGGCGGAGAGCGCGCUCAGGCGCUACCUGCGCCACUACCUGCGCCGCAGGGAGGCAAGCAAGAGCGCGGCGGCGGCUGGGCGCGCCGCUGCUGACCUGGCGGAGGUGCGCCAGGAGAUGGAGCAGCGAUUGGCUGGCGCUGCACGAGAAAAGGCUGACGUGGAGAGAUCUCUGGCCACCUCCUCUGCUGCGGUUGAAACUCUUAAAGCCAAGUUGCAAGGCAUGGAGGCGGAGAGGCAAGCACAGGACAACGACUUGCAGAAGCUUAGAGCAGAGCUUGAGGCAGCUUCCGAGAAGGCUCGUGGUCGUGGCGUGUCCGAGGCGUCUCUUCUUGCACGGGCGGAGGGAGCAGAGCGCCAGCUGGACGCCGCCCAGGCUGACGUGUCCUCGCUUCGUGCGGACGUGGCGUCCCUGCGGGCUGAGGUGGCUUCGGCACGCGAUGAGCUGGCAGCAGCUCAGCGUGAGUCGGCAUCCCUAAAAGACAAGAUCAAGUCGAUGGAAGCAGCAGCUGAAGCAGCGCGAUUGGAGCAGGACGAGGAGUGGGAGAAGGCAGGACAGGUCGCAGCAGACGCAGAGAGAACAGUAGCGAGGCUCCAACGAGAGAUAGAUGCAGCGAGGAAAGCAGCAGCUGACGCUGGGGCGAGGGGAGAGGAGCUGAAAGCGCAGGUGCAGCAGGCUCGGGCCGAAGCUGAGGCUCGGUUGGCUGAAGCACGGGCAGCAGCGGCGGAGGCGAGGGCGGAAGCAGAGGCGAAGGGGAAGGCGGAGGAGGUGGCGCGGGGGGAGAUUGCCCGCGUGCAGGAGGUGGCUAGGGGCGAGAUCGCCCGCAUGCAAGGGGAGAUUAAGGCGCUCAGGGACGCGCAGAGGGAGCAGGCAGGGGAGAGCGGGGCAGCACCUGCUGCUGCCGCUGUUGCUGCAGCUGCUGUGUCUGGUGGUGCUGGGGGAGCGGGCGAGGCGGAGGGGAGGAUUGCAGAGCUGCAGCGGAAGCUUGAAGAGGCGAGGAGGGAGGCGGAGGCCUCUGCAGCGCAGGUGGAGGUGGUGCGGGGCGAGAUGUGGGACAUGCGGGAGGCUGGGAAGAAGGACCAGGCGGAGAGGGAGAGGGUGGAGGCGGAGAGGAGAGGGGAGGUGGAGCGGUUGCGGGAAGAAGCGGAGAAGCGGGGAGAGGAGGCGAGGGAGGCGAAGGCAGAGGUAGAGAGAGCACAAAAGGAGCUGGAGAUUGUGCGUGAUGAGCUGGCGAGAGUCAAGAGUGAGUCUAAGGUUGGGGGAGCAGGAGGGGGAGGAGCGGGAGGAGGGGGAGGAGGCGAGGAUUCAAUGGAGGUGUUGUUGGAGGCGGAGAGGAAGAUCGUGGAGCUGCAGCGAGAGGUGGACGCCGCCAGGCGCGAAGCAGCAGAGGCCAGGGCGCAGGCCGACGCCUCUGCCAAGGCUGCUGCUGCUGCUGCCGCCGCUGCUGCUUCUGCUGCAGCUGCCUCUGCUGCCAGUGGUGGUUCUGGCGGUGCUGCUGCUGCUGUGGGUGUUGAUAAAGCGGUGGAAGGGGGUGUGGGGGCAGGAGGCGCGGAGGAGAAGAGAGGGGAGGCGGAGACGAUGGAGGUGCGGAGGGCGGGGGCGGGCAGGGAGGGGGAGGGGGCGGUGGAGGACGAGGCGGUGGUGUGCCUGCUGGCGGACUGCCUUCCCCGCAUCAUCCCCAACGUGCUCAUCAACCACCGCGAGGAGCUGCUGCCGCUGAUCAUGUGUGCUAUAGAGAAGCACCCAUUGGAAGCAGCGAGGAAGGCGCAGGUGGCGUGGCUGUUCAAUCUGAUUAAAAAGCCUGACGACGAGCAGCGCUCCGCCGUGGUGGCCGCGUGCGUGCAGCUCAAAGAGCGCGUGGGGGAGAGGCGCACCGAGACUGAGAUCCUCAGCCAGUGCUGGGAUGAGAUGGGGCACAAGAACGAGGAGAAGCGGCUGCUGGUGGUGCAGCUGUGCAGGGAGAUGGCGCCUCUCAUGCCCCGCCGCGUGCAGGACGGAGUGCUGCUGCCCAUGCUGCUGCAACUCGCCACUGACAGCGCCCCUGCUGUUAGAGAGGCUGUUGCUGUCAACCUCGCCCCGCUGCUGCCGCUGUUUGAUGACACUGCUGUGCUGCCCAAGGUGGAGGAGGCGUUGUUCCUGCUGGCAUGCGAUGUGGACGGGGGCGUGGUGGAGGAGACGCUCAAGACGCUGCUGCCGGCCUUUGUGGCGUGGGCCAAGUCCCGCCGCCACCCCUUUGGCCAGGUGCUGCGGGCCGUCAUGCAGCGCCUCAUGGGGCAGAUCCAGAAAUGCCCUGCUGUGUCCGCAGUGGAAGGUUCGGCGGAGGCUCGGCUGCGCAUGGUGGGGGAGCGGGAGCGGUGGAACAUCGACGUGCUGCUUCGGCUGCUCACCGAGCUUCUCCCAGAGGUUCGGCACGUGGCUGUGAAGACCUGCCCCGAAGCUAUCCUCGUCCUCGACAAGCCUGCUCCUGCUGCCACAGCUGAUACGGCUGCUGGGGGUGGUGCUGCUGGUGGUGGGGGUGAUGGGGGUGCAGGGUCAGAGGGAGGGGCAGGUGGAGAGGGGUCGGAUGCGGCGUUGGGGCAGAGGAGUGGGAGUGGGCGGCUUCCGUCGGCAGCUUCCUUGGGUGGGAUAGAGUACGAGGAGACCUUCUUCACUGACGCUCUGCUGAAGCGAUACGGCAGUGCGGGGUUGGACUGGCCGGCCUUCGACUGGGUGCCAAUGGACUGCCUGCCCACGCUUGUGCAGCUGGCGCUCAUGCUGCCACCCAAGGAGGAGCGCCUGCGCGUCCGCAUCUGCACGCUGCUGCUGACAGUGAGCAAGCUGUUCGGGCGUUUCUACCUCAUGGCAGUGCUGCUGCCAGUCUUCCUUACCGCUGCUGGCCACUCCAUCGACACCUCCCACCUCCCUCCCAAGAUCGCCUCCUCCAUUGAAGUGCUGCGCCCAGCCGGCCCCCCUCUGGAGCGGCUGUCCCGCAUGUGUGUGCUGCCGCUGCUGCUGGCGGGUGUGCUGGGUUCACCCAACAUGCGAGAGGGCUAUCUCUUCAAGUACCUGCGCGAGUGGGUCGUGUCCACCUGUGCGCGCUCUGGCGCCUGGUCUCCUGCAUCCACACCUGAGCUGAUUGACGCCGUCCGCUUCCUCUGUCUAUUCGAGGAGCACAGGGAGACGUUGAGCAGUGUGGGGUGGGAGCUGGUGGUCAACCAGGCGCCAGCAGUGCGCAUCACCGCUGCCGUCAUCUUCCAGACCCUCGCACCCUUCGUGGACGUGAAGCGGGUGAGCCAGCAGGUGCUACCGGCACUGAUCACGUUGGGAUCAGACCCUGUGCCCGAGGUCAAGCACUCCACCAUCGCUGCUUUGGGCUCCGUGGCCCAGCAGUUCAAGGACGCCCCGAUAGUGGACAAGAUCCGGGUGCAGCUGGACUCGUUCCUGGAGGAGGGGUCACACGAGGCGGUGGUGGCGGUGCUCAAGACGCUCACAGCCGCCGUGCCUGUGACCUCCAGCACAUUGAGAGAGUACUCGCUGCAGAAGGUUGCUAGCAUGGCCACCGGCCCGCUGCUCGCUAAUGGCACCGUUGCCAAGCGCAGGGAGAAGGCUGAGGCGCUCUGCUCUGCUCUGCGCGCGCUGGAGCACACAGAGAUGACACCACAGCAGACCAACACGCUGUUCCUCCCGGCAGUGCAGGCGCUGCUCAAGGAGCCCGAGCUCCUCUCCACCAGCAGCAAAGACGCUCUAGAGGCCAUACGCCGCGACCGCUGGGUUGGGAAAAUCGAGGACCUGGGGAAAUACGUUGGGAAGAAUUUGUUCGGGUUUGAGACUUCCGGGCAGAAUAAGAAUCUGUUUGGUGGUGGGUUGCUUGGCUCGGCGUCUACUGCGAGCGGGUCGGCAAAGCCUGGAGCGGCUGGGGGUGGAGGGGCGGCUGGAGGGGGAGGUGCAACUGCUGCGAGUACUUUUAGUGGUGCCUUUAGUGGGGCGUUUGGCAACAAGCGGUAG